GACUCUGCACAACGAACUCGCCUUCAUGAACCCAGCCAUACACUCGGUGCUGUACAACUUGUGUGGUCGCAUCUCCCCCAAAACGUGCUACUACGUUUUCCAGAUCCUCGGAGGGAACACCAGGGAGAUCAACUACCCGUACUUUCCUUAUGCUUUUGCGAACAUACUGGACAGCACAUCGAUAACUGGUUUCAACUAUUUCCUUCAACAAGUUGGCAGGAUUAAGUACAUGAAGUAUUACGACUACGGCCCGGCUGAGAACUUGAGGCGAUACAACCGAACCACCCCUGAAGACGUGAACAUAGCUGCAACCACUGUGCCAUGCAACUUCUACGCCCUCGGCAGCGACAGUGUCACCGUUCCACAGGACGUCCUCGACACCUGGAACGCCCUGGCCCCGUCUGCCCGCGCGUCCUACCAGGUUUUCGAGAAGUACAACGGCGUCAGUCCUUUCGUGCCGGUCGACUCGGAGGGCCUAUACGGUCCAAUGAUCCGCAAGUUGAACGCCGACCUGGCGCGGGGCGCGUGAUGAGGACGCUUCCACGACGCCUUCAGUUGUGAUCGGGACGUGCUUCUAUUUCGCUGUACCCUUAUCAUUUAAGUUCAAAGAUCUAGGCAAGCCUAGGGACCGAUGCAUAUCGGCAACCAGUAUUUCCUUUCAUUAAAAUUCAAAGAGUGAGACAUCUCGCUAAUUUUCGGAGGAAUACACAAAGUAUCACCAAAAGAAGGGUAGUACACAAAUGUCCGAGCAAAUGUAUCCCAAAAAAAGGUGACAUACCAAAUGUGAUGUUUUCAUUGAGAAAAAAACCAUUUGCUACGGCACAAGU